AUGGCGUCGAAUACUGUGACUUGUUUACCAGAGCAGUCCGGCUUGGUGAGGCAUGACAGCAUAGUGCUAGAUCUCGCUUUUGCUAUGGACUGUACAGCUAGUAUGAGUAGCUAUAUAACGACUGCCCGUAGAAACAUACAGAAGAUUGUAGAGGGGAUUGUUUCCAGCGAGAAGAGUGACGUAAAGCUCGCCUUGGUAGAAUAUCGUGACCAUCCACCACAAGAAUUGACAUACGUGACACGCGCUCACGACUUCACAACAUCUGUUUCUGGCAUGAGGAGGUGGCUGGAGGGAUGUAAUGCACAAGGAGGAGGCGACAUACCCGAAGCUGUUGCUGACGCCCUACAUGAAGUACUAAAACUAACUUGGAGAGAGCAUUCUACAAAGAUUUGCGUGUUGAUAUCAGACGCUCCACCCCAUGGUUUACAUCCUACCGGGGACACUUUCCCUAACGGUUGUCCAGCAGGACUGGACCCUCUGGCAAUCGUUCGACAGAUAGCUGAAAAGGGGAUAACAUUAUACUGUGUUGGAUGUGAACCUGCCGUAAUUCCUUACAAGGAAUUCUUUACCGCCCUGGCUUUUCUCACUGGUGGGCAAUACGUGCCCCUUGUCGGAGCUAAGGCCCUGACUCAGAUUAUAAUAGGCGGAGCACAAGAAGAAGUGUCUCUGGAGAGAUGGAUGGCUGAAGUUGACCAAGUCGUUCAACAGGAAAGCAAACAUGGUCGUAAAGUUGACGAGGAAACUAUUUCAAAGAAGAUCGCAGCGAAAUUGAAAUCAAAAGGAGCUCGCAGCAAAGCAUUGAUGCGAAAUAAUGUCGCACUGAAGGAAGCCUCUGAUUUUUCGAAAGCAUUGUCUAAAUGUAAAAGUCUAAAACAGCUGAAAGGACGAUUUAAACUUGCUUCAAUACCGUCGAGUGCUGUUUCCAAACGAACGACGUCAUAUAAAAGAAAGAAGAAAGGCAGAUUAGCGAAAGAAGAUAUCAUUGUGAAAAAGGGUGGUCCAGUGAAAAAAGGUGUCAUAGUGAAAAAGGGUUGCCCAGUGAAAAAAGGUGUGAAAGUGAAAAAGAGUGGCCCAGUGAAAAUGGCUGCGAAACGAAAAAGUAGUAUACCGAAAGUGACCGAUGAUGAGGAUGUAUACAAAACUGUAGAGAGUUUUAUAUCUCACUCACAAAUUUUAAGAAUGAUGAGGAAAUCUAGGGCGAGAAGCAAGAAAAAGUGA